CGAGAACCAGAGUGGAACAAACGGAGCUUAAACCAAAACACACCAAAAUCAACUCGGCUUCAAGUUUAAUCGAUUUUUUUUCAAUAUCGUAACCGUGUUACCGGUUUUAAACCUUCUUCGGAAAUGCCUCUAAUCCCUGCGAGUGGAACCGGACGCUUUUGGGCUCAUUCGGCGAAGAUAAUUCGCUUUGCACGGCACGGAUGCACCAACAGACCCUUCUUUCAUAUUGUCGUUAUGGAGCGACGGAAAAAUCAACAUCAGCCCGUUAUCGAACAAAUCGGAACCUACGACCCAAUGCCGAAUGAGCAUAACGAAAAGCUGGUUUCCUUUAACUUCGAGCGCGUGCGCCACUGGUUGGGGAGUGGAGCUCAUGUUUCGGCACCCGUGGCCGAGUUGUUAGGUAUUGCUGGUCUGCUACCGGUCAAUCCGCAUACUUACAUGAGUGCAUGGAGGAACCGGCAAAUCGCUGAAAAAACUGCAGAACUUGCCGCGGCUAAGCAACAUGCCGAGGGAACUGCCGAAGCUAGCAGUUGAAAAAAAUGUAUGAUAACGUUAGUUGUAGUCAUUUGUUUAUAAAUAUACCAAAACUGUUUCAACCUUGA